AAACAACCCAUUCACACGGUCGGCGGGCUUCGAGAGGAGCGUUCCUGGUCCCAGCUGAGCAAGUUCCAGAAUUGUCUCUUGCAUAUUCAUCUGAGUGUCGUUUAUAAAGGUCACUGCGAGCUAAGGAGACAGUACUUCUAGGAGUCCUGACCAAACUUUUACAAUCUUGUCUGCUGUGCUCUGCUUAGGAAAAGUUUCUUCCUUUGGGAGGUUUUCAGGAGUUACAAUGCAGCUGAAGUUCCAAAAGGCCGUUCAGAAGCCCAUCACGGGGCGACGAUGGCAGAAGUACUGCUCGUGGCUCCUAUAUCUGAUCCAUCUCCUGGCGGUUGCUUACACCGCUUUGCUAUUUUAUGCCCUUGUCUGGGAAGCUGGGAAUAUUGUCAGUCUUCCCACCAAAAGAAUUGGCUUCUUCAACUUCUGCCUGUGGGACCAGGAGGCAGAGAAACUGGAUUGCCUCACGACCCACAGUCUGGAGAAGAUGGGUGUCAAUAUGAAUGCUCUGGUACUGUCAAGGAUCUGCGUUUAUAUCACACCCGUCUUGUGUCUCUUCGUUGACACUACGAUCUUGCAGUCCUUGUGUUUGAAAGACAUAGAUGGCUGGAAACUGGCCCGUAAUCUUCUGGCCAUUUGCGGUUUGUUUUUGCCUUCUGGCCUGGCUUUGUUUCUCUUCUGUACUAAGAAGUGGGUUCAGGCUGCUGAUUUGGGGGGCGUUUUCGUAGCCCUAGUUGGGGCUUACAUUUUGUUCUUGCUGCACCUGAUCAUUAUUGUCCUGCACCUUGCACGGUUCAAGGAUCAUCUCCCUGAAAGACAGUUCUUUCCUGAAAGCAGCCUUCCAUGAUAAUGGGAAGCAUGUGCUUGGCACCCUUAAUUUAGGGAUGAUUGUGUGACACAGCCAUACUCUGUGCAAGUUCUGAGUGAGGCCAACACCUGUCGUACUAAGAUGAGAGAGUUGGUGAAGAGCUUGUAUUCCUAGCACAGGCGUAUUUCUGUUUGUUUAUGAUUCAAAUGAUGCGGCAAGGAGGUUUCUCGAGGACUCUUCCAACGGAACCCAGUAGCUAAUUGCUAGCUACUCCUCGGUAAUAAUGAAACGUGCCUUAGUAUCUCAUUUAACAGUUACUGUCUUGUUUAGGAUAAGUUAUUAAUAGCUGGUUUGUUUUUAAUAUAGGGCCUUGGCUUGUUUUACAAGGGACCUCUGAUUUGUGGGGUUGGUCUGCAGCCUCAUAUCUCUUAACAUAUAUGGAGGGGUAAAAGAGUCGCACCUUCCUUUGCACAAGAGAUCAAGAAACUGAGAAACAUCAAGUAUCUCACUAAUGCUCGAAGUCUUCUGUUGUUAAUUUUUUCUCUUCCAAAUAACAAUUUUUGAUGAGAGCUUUCAGGCGAAGUGUGAGGUACUAUAGAGCGUGGUUUUGUUGUUCUCUGCCUUCUAACCAAAGGAAGAAUAAGGGAGAUUCUGUGAACUUUGAAGUACUGGUGCUUAACUUCCCUUAUGUUCACAACUACUGUUGAUGGUGCCCGCCAUAAAUUAGAAGACCAGAAAAAGAAAUCUCUUUGCAAAUCUCAGUAGGUAGAAGAAAAGUAAGUACAACACCAAUGGUGGGCAGAAAUGUCAAUUUUUGUACACAGCGAAUGAAAGUACAAAGAGUUUUCCUUUUACACUUAGUUAUUAUAUGAAUGAGGCCUUUUAUAAGUCUUGGUUAAAUUUCACUUUUAAAAUGUGGUGACUUUGGGAAUUGAUAACGAUACCACCAUUAUGUACAUGCUGCCAUGUACCCGUUACUAUAGGCGUGGAAGGAGAGCUUUUUUCUGGUUCCUAUUAAGCAUCAAUACACCUAUGUGCCAUUUUUGAAAGUUAUUGUAGAGCACAAUGUCAAAAGACUUGUUAAUUCAAAGUAAAGUCUCGUUAAUUAUAAAA